AUGAUGAGUAGAAUAAUACUCAUUGUGCAAGCUCAUGUCCUCCUGGGCAUUGCUAGUAGUCUGGUUACACAUUCCAUACCAUGGAAUGUGCCCUGUCCUCAAAAAUGUGUAUGCCAGAUCAGGCCCUGGUAUUGCCCAAAAUCUGCAUACCGAGAAGCUCCCACUGUAGACUGCAAUGACCUGCUCCUCUCCCAGCUUCCUGCUAAACUCCCAUUGGAGACCCAGACCCUGAGGCUGCAGAGCAACCUUAUCACCAAUUUGGAUCAGAGGGAUCUGCAGGGCCUGGCAAACCUGACUGAGCUGGAUCUCUCCCAGAACACCUUCAGUAACAUACGUCACUUGCAGGUAACCCACAUACCUGCUCUGCUUAGCCUUCACAUGGAGGAGAACCAGUUACACCACAUUCCAGACUCUGCCUUCUCAGGUCUGCCUAAUCUUCAGGAGUUGUACCUUAACCAUAACCAACUUCGAACCAUUUCACCAGGAGCCUUUAUGGGUCUAGGAAAUUUACUGCGGCUCCAUCUCAACUCAAAUCACCUUAGGAUGAUAGACAGACACUGGUUCCAUGCUUUGCCCCAGACACUGCCAGGUCUAAAAUUUCUGGACUUGAAUAAAAACCCUAUUCAGCUGGUUCAGAAGGGAGACUUCAAGGACAUGCUUCUUCUGAAGGAACUGGGGCUUAAUAACAUGGAAAAUUGUGAAAAGAGUGUUCUGCUAUGCACAACCUGCCAGAACUGACUAAACUGGAGAUCACUAGUAACCCAAGACUGUCAUAUAUUCACCCUAAGGCC